AUGGCGUCCCAAAUCAACGACAACGCUGAGUACGACUUUGCGGCCGCCAACGCCGGCGCCGUGCCCACCUUCCCGGUGCAGGCGAACCAGCUCAAGCAGGGCGGCUACAUCGUCAUCGACGGACACCCGUGCAAGAUCACCAACAUUGCCAAGUCCAAGCCGGGCAAGCACGGCCACGCCAAGGUCGUCAUCACGGGGGUCGACAUCUUCACUGGCAAGAAGCACGACGCCGGUGGCCCUGCCGGCCACAGCAUGGACGUGCCUGUUGUGAAGCGCGCGAGCUACACGCUACUCAAUGAGAAGAUCGAUGUUCGGGUCCCUGAGGGGGAGCUGGGUGAGAGGAUCAGGGAGAAGUUCCGCGAGGGGAAGGAUUGCAGUGUGGUGGUUCUUGGUGCUAUGGGCCUGGAGAUUGCUGUCGAGGUCGCCGAGAAGGAUCGUGAGUGA